GGAGCUGCUGGGAGCUCAGCUGUGAGCAUCUGAACCUGGCUGGUCCUGGGCAAGGCAGGGAGCACGGCACGUCGGGGCGCCGCGCUGCAAGGAACUGCACUACAUCCCAGAGAAAAUCGGUGCUCUUUAUGGCAUGUGGCUGGUAACUUUUCUCCUGCUGUACGCGUUGCAAAAAGCACACACUGAAGAUGUUGGAACCAGUCUCUACUUUGUGAACGACUCUCUCCAGCAGGUGACCUUCUCCAGCACAGUCGGGGUGGUGAUCCCCUGCCCCGCAGCAGGGUCGCCCAGCGCCGCCCUUCGCUGGUACCUCGCCACAGGGGACGACAUCUAUGAUGUACCGCACAUCCGGCAUGUCCAUGCCAACGGGACUCUGCAGCUCUACCCCUUCUCGCCAUCAGCCUUCAAUAGCUUUAUCCACGACAAUGACUACUUCUGUACCGCGGAGAACUCGGCGGGCAAAAUCAGGAGCCCCAAUAUCCGCGUUAAAGCAGUUUUCAGGGAACCUUACACCGUCCGGGUGGAGGAUCAAAGGUCAAUGCGUGGAAACGUGGCUGUCUUCAAGUGCCUCAUCCCUUCUUCAGUGCAGGAAUAUGUUAGCGUUGUGUCCUGGGAGAAAGAUACUGUUUCAAUCAUCCCAGAAAAUAGGUUUUUUAUUACUUUUUAUGGAGGUUUGUACAUAUCGGACGUGCAGAAGGAAGAUGCCUUGUCCACCUACAGGUGUAUCACCAAGCACAAGUACAGUGGAGAGACACGCCAGAGCAAUGGGGCUAGGCUGUCCGUGUCAGACCCAGCAGAAUCCAUUCCUACCAUCCUAGAUGGCUUUCAGUCCAGGGAGGUAAAGGCAGGCCAGCUGGUGGAGCUUCCAUGCAUCGCCUCCGGGUACCCGAACCCAGCCAUCCGGUGGAUCAAGGACGGGCGCCCACUCCCUGCAGACAGCAGGUGGACCAAGCGCAUCACAGGACUGACAAUCAGUGACCUGCGCGUGGAGGACAGUGGGACCUACAUCUGUGAGGUCACAAACACCUUCGGGUCGGCAGAGGUCACCGGGACCCUCACAGUCAUAGACCCUCUGCACGUCAGCCUCACGCCAAAGAAGCUGAAGACAGGCAUUGGCAGCACAGUCAUCCUCUCCUGUGCCCUCAGCGGCUCGCCCGAGUACGCCCUCCGCUGGUACCGCAACACAGACCUGGUGGUGCUGGACAACUACAUCUCCAUCCGGGGGAUUAGCAACGAGACCCUCCUCAUCACUGCCGCGCAGAAGAGUCACUCUGGGGCCUACCAGUGUUUUGCCACCCGGAAAGCCCAAACGGCGCAGGACUUCUCCAUCAUCGCGCUGGAGGAUGGGACCCCCCGGAUCGUCUCCUCCUUCAGCGAGAAAGUGGUCAACCCGGGCGAGCAGUUCUCCCUGAUGUGUGCCGCCAAAGGCGCUCCCCCACCCACCAUCACCUGGGCCUUGGACGAUGAGCCCAUCCAGAGGGACAACGGACACCGCACCAACCAGUACACCAUGUCGGACGGCACCACCGUGAGCCACAUGAACGUGACCAGCCCGCAGAUCAAGGAUGGAGGGGUGUACCGGUGCGCCGCGCGGAACUCGGUGGGCAGCGCCGAAUACCAAGCGCGAAUAAACGUAAGAGGGACUUCUGGUGGGCAAAAUUCUAAGACACAAGGUCCCCCGAGUAUCCGAGCCAUGAAGAAUAUAACGGCAGUGGCGGGUAGGGACACCUUCAUCAACUGCAGGGUGAUCGGGUAUCCGUACUAUUCCAUCAAGUGGUACAAGGACGCCUUGCUGCUUCCAGAUAACCACCGCCAGGUGGUCUUUGAGAACGGGACCCUUAAGCUGAUGGAUGUGCAGAAGGGCAUGGAUGAAGGGGAGUAUCUCUGCAGCGUCCUGAUCCAGCCGCAGCUUUCCAUCAGCCAGAGUGUCCACGUUACCGUGAAAGUCCCUCCCCUGAUCCAGCCCUUCGAGUUCCCACCGGCCUCCAUCGGCCAGCUCCUCUACAUCCCCUGCGUGGUCUCCUCGGGGGACAUGCCCAUCCGCAUCACCUGGCGGAAGGAUGGGCAGGUGAUCAUCUCUGGCUCGGGGGUCACCAUCGAGAGCAAAGAGUUCAUGAGCUCCCUGCAGAUCUCCAGCGUCUCCCUCAAGCACAACGGCAACUACACGUGCAUUGCCAGCAACGCCGCCGCCACCGUCAGCCGUGAGCGGCAGCUGAUCGUGCGAGUGCCGCCUCGUUUCGUGGUCCAGCCCAACAACCAGGAUGGCAUCUAUGGCAAAGCAGGGGUGUUGAACUGCUCUGUGGAUGGGUAUCCCCCUCCCAAGGUCAUGUGGAAGCAUGCAAAAGGAAGCGGGAACCCCCAGCAGUACCAUCCUGUGCCCCUCACGGGCCGCAUUCAAAUCCUCCCCAACAGCUCGCUGCUCAUUCGCCACGUGCUGGAGGAGGACAUCGGCUAUUACCUUUGUCAGGCCAGCAAUGGCGUGGGGACGGACAUCAGCAAGUCCAUGUUCCUCACCGUCAAGAUCCCAGCCAUGAUCACGUCCCAUCCCAACACGACCAUUGCGAUCAAGGGCCAGAUGAAGGAGCUGAAUUGCACAGCCCGAGGGGAGCGGCCAAUCAUCAUUCGCUGGGAGAAAGGCGACACUGUCAUCGACCCCGACCGCAACAUGAGAUAUGCCAUCUCCACCAAGGAUAAUGGUGACGAGGUCAUUUCAACGCUCAAGCUUAAACCAGCCGACCGGGGGGACUCCGUCUUCUUCUCCUGCCAUGCGAUCAAUUCUUAUGGUGAAGACAGAGGAUUGAUCCAGCUCACUGUCCAAGAGCCUCCUGACCCUCCGGAGCUGGAGAUUCGUGAGGUGAAAGCCCGAAGCAUGAACUUGCGCUGGACUCAGAGAUUUGAUGGAAACAGCAUCAUCACUGGCUUUGAUAUCGAAUACAAGAAUAAAUCCGAUUCCUGGGAUUUUAAGCAAUCUACCCGCAACAUCUCUCCCACCAUUAACCAGGCUAAUAUAGUGGACCUGCACCCAGCCUCCGUGUACAGCAUCCGCAUGUACUCCUUCAACAAGAUCGGGCGCAGCGAGCCGAGCAAGGAGCUCACCAUCAGCACCGAGGAAGCAGCUCCAGAUGGGCCCCCAAUGGACGUCACCUUGCAGCCAAUGACAUCACAGAGCAUCCAGGUCACCUGGAAGGCCCCAAAGAAGGAACUCCAGAACGGGGUGAUCCGUGGCUACCAGAUCGGCUACCGGGAAAACAGCCCCGGCAGCAACGGGCAAUACAGCAUUGUGGAGAUGAAGGCCACGGGAGACAGUGAGGUCUACACUUUGGACAACCUGAAGAAGUUUGCACAGUAUGGGGUCGUGGUGCAGGCGUUCAACCGCGCAGGGACGGGACCCUCCUCCAGCGAGAUCAAUGCCACCACACUCGAGGAUGUUCCCAGCCAGCCUCCGGAGAACGUGAGGGCAUUAUCCAUCACGUCAGAUGUGGCUGUGAUCUCCUGGUCGGAGCCCCCACGUAGUACCCUGAAUGGCGUGCUCAAGGGGUACAGGGUGAUCUUCUGGUCUCUCUAUAUGGACGGAGAGUGGGGGGAGAUGCAGAACAUCACCACCACGCGGGAGCGAGUGGAGUUGCGGGGGAUGGAGAAGUUCACCAACUACAGCGUCCAGGUUCUGGCAUACACGCAGGCCGGCGAUGGUGUCCGCAGCAGCGUGCUCUACAUCCAGACCAAGGAGGACAUUCCAGGCCCCCCCGCCGGGAUAAAAGCCGUCCCGUCUUCUGCCAGCAGCGUGGUUGUGUCCUGGCUUCCCCCAACUAAGCCGAACGGGAUCAUCCGGAAAUACACCAUCUUCUGCUCCAGCCCUGGGUCUGGACAGCCGGCCCCCAGCGAGUACGAGACCAGCCCUGAGCAACUCUUCUACCGCAUCGCCCACCUCAACCGCGGGCAGCAGUACAUGCUGUGGGUGGCGGCCGUGACCUCGGCGGGACGCGGCAACAUCAGUGAAAAGGUCACCAUUGAGCCUGCUGGGAAAGCCCCGGCCAAGAUCAUCUCCUUCGGCGGCACCGUCACCACUCCGUGGAUGAAGGACGUGAGGCUGCCAUGCAAUUCGGUUGGGGAGCCGGCCCCUGCCAUUAAAUGGACCAAGGACAGCGAGGAUUCUGCCAUCCCGGUGGCAGUGGACGGGCACCGGCUGAUCCAGGCCAAUGGCACACUGGUCCUGCGCUCGGUGAAAGCAGAGGAUUCUGGGUAUUACACCUGCACCGCCACCAACACCUGGGGCUUUGAUACCAUCAUCAUCAACCUGCUGGUGCAAGUUCCCCCGGACCAGCCGCGCUUGACUGUAUCUAAAACCUCCGCUUCAUCCAUCACGUUGGCCUGGAUUCCUGGGGACAACGGUGGCAGCUCCAUCAGAGGCUUUGUGCUGCAGUACUCGGUGGACAACAGCGAGGAGUGGAAGGACGUGUUCAUCAGCUCCACCGAGCGCUCGUUCAAGCUGGACAGCCUCAAGUGCGGCACAUGGUACAAGGUGAAGCUGGCAGCUAAGAACAGCGUGGGGGCCGGCCGGAUCAGUGAGAUCAUCGAGGCCAAGACACACGGCAGAGAGCCCUCCUUCAGCAAGGACCAGCACCUCUUCACCCACAUUAAUUCUACGCACGCCAGGCUGAACCUGCAGGGCUGGAGCAGCGGGGGCUGCCCCAUCAUGGCCAUUGUCCUGGAGUACCGGCCCAAGGGCAACUGGGUCUGGCAGAGCCUCAAGACCAACAACUCCAACGAGGUCUUCCUGACGGAGCUGCGCGAGGCCACCUGGUACGAGCUGCGGAUGAAGGCCUGCAACAGCGCUGGCUGCGGGAACGAGACCACCCAGUUCGCCACGCUGGACUACGACGGCAGUACCAUACCCCCAAUCAAAUCUGCUCAGGGGGAGGGAGAUGACGUGAAGAAGCUUUUCACCAUCGCCUGCCCUGUGAUCCUGGCCACGCUCGGGGUGGCCCUGCUCUUCAUCAUCCGGAAGAAGAGGAAGGAGAAGCGUCUGAAGAGAUUGAGAGAUGCAAAGAGCUUGGCAGAAAUGCUAAUAAGCAAGAAUAACCGGAGCUUCGACACCCCAGUGAAAGGGCCCCCCCAGGGGCCCCGGCUGCACAUCGAUAUUCCUCGUGUCCAGCUGCUCAUUGAGGAUAAGGAGGGCAUCAAGCAGCUGGGGGACGAUAAGGCUACAAUACCAGUGACAGACACGGAGUUCAGCCAAGCCGUGAAUCCCCAGAGCUUCUGCACUGGGGUGUCCUUGCACCAUCCAGCUCUGAUACAGAACACCGGACCCUUGAUCGACAUGUCUGACAUUCGACCUGGAACCAACCCAGUUUCCCGGAAGAGUGUGAAAUCUGCGCACAGCACCCGGAACAGGUACUCCAGCCAAUGGACCCUCACCAAAUGCCAGGCGUCUACUCCUGCACGUACUCUGACAUCAGACUGGAGGACUGUGGGAUCCCAGCAUGGAAUUAUGGUCACAGAGAGCGACAGCUACAGUGCCAGUUUAUCUCAGGACACGGACAAAGGGCGGAACAGCAUGGUGUCUACAGAGAGCGCCUCAUCCACCUACGAGGAGCUGGCACGCGCCUACGAGCACGCCAAGCUCGAGGAGCAAUUGCAGCAUGCCAAGUUUGAGAUCACGGAGUGCUUCAUCUCAGAUAGCUCUUCCGACCAAAUGACCACAGGGACCAAUGAGAACGCAGACAGCAUGACAUCCAUGAGCACCCCAUCCGAGCCAGGGAUCUGCAGGUUCACCGCCUCCCCGCCCAAGCCGCAGGACAGCGACAGAGGCAAGAACGUGGCAGUGCCCAUCCCGCACAGAGCUAACAAGAGCGAUUACUGCAACCUUCCCUUGUACAUGAAAUCCGAAGGGUUCUUCCGCAAGCCUGACAUCCACGAUCCUUGUCCAGUGGUCCCGCCCAGGGAAGCCUCCAUCCGAAACCUAGCCAGGGCUUAUCACACGCAAGCAAGGCAUAUGACGCUAGACCCAGGCAGCAAGCCUUUGGGCCUGCCGCACCCGGGCUCCUCCACAACUACUUUACCUCAGAGAACUCUCACCAUGCCUGUCUCAGCAAACUCCGCUUCCGCUACUACUGCUGCUGCUUCCGCUCCUGCCGCCGAUCCCACCUCUGCCACCACCGCUGAGCCACGCAUGCCCACACACACCAAAAUGGGAGGCUCUAGAGACUCUCUACUAGAAAUGAGCACAUCCGGUAUAGGGAGAUCUCAAAAACAAGGGGCUGGAGCAUACUCCAAAUCCUACACUCUUGUGUAGGAAACUAGAAAACCUAUUUAAAAAAACUGCUGGUUUCCUGCAUUAUUUAUAUUGAAAUAAAAUAAACUCUUGUACAUAAUGAACUCUUUUGUAUAAAUGAAACUAUUUUCUUCUUCUCCAGAACUGAAAAAGAAGCCAGGGCACAAAGAAUUUGAUGUUACAGAUUUAAAAAAUAUAUAUAUAUGUGAUCUUAUAUAUAUAUUUCACAUCAUUUUGAAAGGGGCACAAAGAGACUCAGCGAUUUUUUUCCCUGAUAUUAUUGGUGGUUUUGAAAAGCAAAUUCUCAAAGACGUUGCAUGCUGUUUACUGUUCUGAAAACAACAGGAGUUACUUUGAUUUGCAAAUGCUUAUGUGUUAAUACCUUUUUCUAUGAAA